AUGGCAAUUGAAUUAGCUAUAAAUGAAAACAAGUGCAUCAGCAGGCUCUCAUCAAAUGUCAGAAUGUCUGGAAAGGUACUAUGCAGUGGUAGGAGCCGAAGCAUAGGAUGCAGAGAUAUUUCUUAUGCCACUCAAGAAGACGUUUUCUUGGGAACUUUAACUGUCAGGGAAACCCUGACUUACUCAGCCCAAUUGAGGCUUCCCACCACACUGACGAAAGAAGACACGGAUAACAUUGUUGAAGGUACAAUACACAAGAUGGGUCUCCAGGACUGCGCUGACAGAGUGAUCGGGAACUGGCAUUUGAGGGGCAUAAGCGGUGGGGAAAAAAGAAGACUGAUCAUCAGUGUAGAGAUCUUGACACAACCCCAUGUCCUGUUUCUUGAUGAACCAACUAGUGGACUUGAUAGUGCUUCAGCUCUCUUGGUGAUUCAAGUUCUGAGAAAUAUAGCUCAUGAUGGAAGGAUUGUUGUUUGCGCCAUUCACCAUCCAAGAAGCGAUGUGUUCAACCUCUUCGAUGAUCUGUACCUCCUUUCAGGUGGAGAAACUGUCUACUUCGGAGAUGCUCAACAUGCUGUCAAGGAAAUGAUGCCAUCGUCAUCAGGUUCUUCAACCAAUCUGACAACCUCAGAGAUCAAAGCAAGGCUUGUAGAGAGAUAUAAAGCUUCUGACAACGCAAGAAAUGCAAGGAAAAAGAUUCAAGAAUUCGCUCUUCUUGAAGAAAAUUGCAGUACAUCAAAUGCAAGUAAACCGAGCUGGUCGGAGCAGCUGCGUACAUUGAUUCGUCGAUCUAGCCUAAACAUCUGUAGAGACAUAGGAUACUACUGGUUAAGAAUUGUGUUCUACAUUUUAGUAUCAUUAAGUGCUGGCAGUUUCUUUUCUAACAUAGGGACGAGCAACUCUGCCAUCCUUUUGAGGGGAAAGUUUGAUGGAUUCAUCUAUGGACUCAUGAUCGUUUUAUCCAUCGGAGGCUUGCCUUUCUUCUCAGAAGAAAUAAAGGUGUUUCGCCGAGAAAGAUUUGGAGGACAUUACGGAGAGGCUGUGUACGUCCCAUCAAACUUUCUCUCGACAUUACCUUUUGUGGCUGCAAUCUCUAUCAGUUCAGGAACAAUACUAUACUACAUGGUGAACUUGCAUCGAGGAUUAUCCCACUACUGCUAUCUCUGUAUCAAUCUCUUGUGCUGCAUUGCCGUUGCAGAAACCUGCAUGCUUAUUGUUACGAUACUGGUACCAAACCUCUUGAUGGCCAUAGGAGCUUCAGCUGGCCUGGCCGUAAUAGUGAUGAUGCCGACUGGCAUCUUCCGAAGGGCCCUUGAUCUUCCCAGGUUCUUUUGGUACUACCCUAUGUACGACAUCAGCUAUGUAGCUUGGGCAGUAGAGGGUCAAUGCAAGAAUGAUAUGAUUGGGCUUGAAUUUGAUCCUCCGGUGCCUGGAGAGCCAAAGCUGAAGGGGGAGAUGAUCCACCGGAAUACAUUUGGAAUUAAGCUUCAUCAUUCCAAGUGGUGGGACUUGGCGGCACUUGCCUCUUUAUUAGCAGUUUUAAGGAUACUCUUCUACAUGGUUCUUAGGUACAAGGAAAGAGCAUCGUCAAUAUUGCACAGAUUUUGUGCCACAACAAUCAAACAUCCCUUUAGAACAUUUCAUCAAGGGAGUAAACCAUCUUAGUAAAGAGACACCAGCAAUAUUAUUCAAGGAGUGAAUCAUCUCCAAAGGAGACACUGACUUCUUCCGAAAAACAUAUCCAAUUUUUAUAUCGAGACACUCUGAUUCUAUAUGACAGUGAUAAAUACAAUUGUAGAACCUAUAGAAAGACGCAAAUUCCAGUUUCAAUCAGAAGUCAUAGUAGUCAACAUAAACGCAAUGUAAUUGUUUUCAUGUAUUCAUGUAUCUUGUGUGAUUGAUAUUAGGUAUGGAGACAUACAAAAGCCCACUU